AUGGCGCCGAAGGCCUUGACAGACUGUCCCGAGAACCUUCGAGAGGCGAUCGACUGGCUCGUCCAGGUGCGGCACUGUGGCGGGGUUUCAACGCUGUCCGACGCUCUCUGCAAGCCGUUUCACAAUGUUGUUCAUAACACUGAAGGAUGCUCUGCUCCGAAAGACUCUGAGAAUCCUCAUAAAAACAUUAUACAUAAUCUCUGUGCCUCCGCUGCCAGCCUCUUAGGUUAUCGGUAUCCUGGGACCUACGACGGUUCCGGGAUUGUGUACGGCAACGCCUCCCGUCUGUGCGAUGCCAUCUUGGUAUUCUUGUAUGCCGUGUUCAGUGAUGUCCAUGAUAACCAGCCGUACGUUGCUGGUAGAGAUGUAUUACAUGAUGUGAUUGUGGAGUUAAAAUCCCAACUAUGGCGUGGUCACAAGGGGUUUUGUCACGUCAUCCCCAAGGUGGCCACUGGCCUCCAGAGGUACAACGCCGCUGUCGAGGCUUCGAACAAGAAAGUCAAGGAGCCGAUUGAGACUGUGUUGGAUUACUUGAAACCAGAUGGUGAGUUGCGUAAAGGUAUACAAGCUUUGCAGAUAUCGGAAACAUCGACGUCCACUCAAGAUGAGAGAACUGUGGAGUCCGCGGUCUCGCUGGUGGAGCGGUGCAAAGAGAUUGCCAGGGCAUUCUCUAAAAGUUUGAUGGCGGCCACAGAUGCCAUAGAUGACCUAAACCCCAAGCUGAAAAAGAAGCUUGAGAAUGCCAGGAAAAGCUUUUUCAACCACGUCGACUGGCUGAGCAGGUGGUCCAAGAAGGGGCAGAAAAAGAUGUUGGACAAGAUGAUACAGAAAAUCAAGAAUAGGCUUAAACAGCUUGCAAAUGCAGUCAAGGACAAAAUUAGACAAGAAGUGCAUACGGUUGUCGAGUUGUUGAAGGACCGUGUCAAGGAGAUUAAAAUGAAGUUGGAAGGUAUUGCUGCCAGUCUGGAGAAAUAUGUCAAGGAACUCGGGCAGUGGAUGGGUGAUGCAAAAGAGUAUAUUAAUGCAGUGAAAAAGUAUGUUGAAGAGAUAAUGAAGCAACUUGAUGGGGAGAAUAGGCAGGCGAUCGACAAGGCCGUCGCGGACAUUGACAGUGAGCUUGGCAAGAGAGUUGAGGAGUUGAAUCAGUGGAUUGAGACGGCGGACUCCGCCGUCACUGUGGCUAAGCAGAAGGCGGAUGAAGUGCAUAAAAGACUGGAUAAAGGAGAUAAGAAUCAGAAGAUUGGUCAAGGACUUCAGAAAAUUGAAGCUGCAAGAAGCAAAGUUGAGAGCGUGAGUAGCGAGCUUAAAAAUGUUCACAGUGAUUUGGUGUCUUGGAAAGAUGCGGCGGAGGGUGUGCUCAGAAAAGUUGCUGGGAAGGCAGAUGAGGUGAGUGGGCAGUUGGAUCCUUCACAAAAAGGUGAUGGCAAUCCAAUUGGCAAGAACCUUAAUCAAAUCGAUGCGUCGAAUGAAGAUAUUAAGAAAGCGAAUGAGAGCCUCCGAAAACAAACAGAAAAGUUGAAUAAGUGGAUCACCGAGGCCGAUGAAAUCCGCAAAAAAGCACAGGACAAAGCCGAGGAAGUUUACAAAAGCUUGACCGUUCAUAAGGAACUGAGUGACAAAAUUGGGGAGAUUCAGACAGCAAAUCAGACAAUUAAGGAUGUUAACAGUGGGCUGGGUGAUGUUGACAGCAAAUUGGGGGAAUGGAAAAAGGAGGCUGGGAGAGUGCUUCAAGGGGUGGUUGAUAGGGCGACGGAAGUGCAUAAGAAGUUGAAUAAAGAUGAUCUAACUAACGAUAUUAAUGUUGGCAUAAGCCAGAUCAAUGCAGCCAAGGACGCAAUUGCUCAAGUUGAUAAGGGAUUAAAAUCUGUUAACGACGAUUUGCAGAAAUGGAGGAAGGCGGCGCAAAUUGUGCUUGACAUAGCGGUGAAUAGAGCAGAGGAUGUGCACGAGAAGUUGGAUCCUGCAAAAGACAAGUCGACACUGGGUGGGCAAAUCGAUGCGAUCGAUACCGCUAGACAGGGCAUUGUUGAUGCAAAUAAGGAACUUGCAGGCCAAUUGAAGAGUCUAAACAAGUGGAUUCAAGAUGCCGAAGAUAUCCGCCACAAGGCUGAGACUAAGGCGAGGGAAGCGUAUGAUAAGUUGAGUGUUCAUGAGAAAUUAAGUGAGAAUGUGAAGAAGAUUAUGGAUGCUAAGGAAAAGAUUGAGGGAGUUAAUAAAAAUGUUACAUCUCAACUAGUGACUUUGAAUCAGUGGAAUGAGAAGGCCAAGGAAGUGAUUACCGGGGCGGUUGGAAAGGCGCAGGAAGUUCAUGAUGCGUUGCAGGAAGGUGCGGCUUUAAGUAGAAGUGUUAAAGGAAUAGCAACGGAUAAUGCGUCAAUGAUAGAGGCUAAUAAAAAGCUUGCCACCGAAGUACAGAAUUUAGGCAAGUGGAAGGAUGCCGCCAAGGAUGUUAUUAAGAAAGCGGAAGACAAGUGUGGCGAAAUUGUGGAGAAAGUUAAAACUUCAAAAGACAGUAUGAUUUUCGCUGAAGCUUCGAAGUUAAAAGAUCAGGGUAUAAAACUUCUAAAGGCUGCUACUGAGGCUAGGCAGACAGUUGAGUCUAAGGUCAAGGAGGCUUUGGACGCCGUGAAGGAUAUGGACGCAGAUCUCAAGAGGGAUUUGAAGGUGGUGAAGGAUAAUAUAAAAUUGGGGAUCGCUGAGGUGAUUGAGAGUUUGAAGGUUGGUGAUUUGGGUGAUAAGGUGAAAGAAGAUUUAGUAAAGUUGAGGGAGAGGAUUAUGAAGCUUGCUGAAAACGGUAGAGUGGAGAGCCUCGUUGAAAAGGAGUUGGCGGAGCUUAAUCAAAAAAAGAGUGAAACGCUCGAUCAUGCUAAACAAAAACUUACGGAAGCGGAAAAGCAACUACAAUCUAUGUUUGAGAGUGCGAUCAAGACUCCGCUUGACGAUAAGGUCAAGACAGUUGAAAAUGCGAUUGAAAAGCUCUACGAGAAAAUUAAUCCGGACGGCGGCGACGCAUCACGGGAGGAUAAGAAGAAAUUCCAGACGAUUUUCGAUCAUAUUAAGAAGCAAGUAGGGGUUAUUAAGGGGACUGGUACGAAGAGUCACGAAAGUGGCAUUGAUGGCAUUGUCGCGAACGUAAGAGGUCUCUAUAACGCGUUUGUUGACAGCCGAGGUAGCGGGGUCGACGAUAGAGUUGACGGAUGGCUUGGAAAUAUUUUGGGGAUCAAUGAGAAUCAACGAAAGACGCAGACGGAUGGGAUGAAGGCUGUGACAUCGUGGAUUAAUGUGUAUAAUGGCAAAGCUAGGAAGCUUGAAGACACUUUGAAAAUUGUUAAGGACCAAAUUAAGGGUGCUCUUAGCGAUCAAAUUGAUACAGGUCAGAGGCAGAUUACACGAGUAGACGCAGAAGAUAACAUUGUGCAAAAUUUGACGAAAGUCAAAGAGGCUUGCCGAGCAUUUGCUGAGGCGCUUGACGCAAAGCUGACAAAUAUUGAAAUCAACAAUUUCACUGGUACCAUAGUUAGCGAUGUUCAGAGUAGGUUUGAGGGGCAGAGGCGCAGGUCGUCAAGUGUAAAUGAAAAUCUCAAAACAGCCGUUAGAGCCGGCCUAAUUGCGCUCUGCAGCUGCGUCAGGCAAAUUGCCAUCGAAAUCGAGUCAUUAGCCAUCAAUAAGUUUGGCAGAAUCAUAGACAAAAUCAAGCCAACUGUUGAUGGGCUUAACGAUAAGCUUGUGGAGGCGACUACACCUCACAGCACCGGCGAAGCGAACCCCGACCCUGGCACAGCCCAAGCCGUGGACAAGGCGAUCGAAGGGGUGAAGAAGGAUGUCGAUGGGCUUGAUGAUAAAUUUAAGCAGGAAGUCAAACAACCGCUUGAUACAGCAGUCAAAGAGCUAGAAGGCGCCGUUGACACUUUCAACGAACAAGCUAAGCAGCAAGUCAGGGAUGCGGCCAAGGGGGCAAUCGACCAGGCGGCUAAGCAGAUUAGUGAUAAUGGUCGAGAUAUAAAGCUCAGUAAAAAUGGCCUCAUGCAACACUUUAAUGGCGCUUACAAUAGCAUUAAAAGCAACCUCCCGAAAGACCUUCAAGGUCUACUUGAUAAGCACAUUGGGAAGGAUGAAGUGCCAUAUGUUGGUAUACCAUAUAAAGUAAAACUCUCGAAAGAUUUCGAUAAAUACCUCAAACACGUAUCUGCUGGCGUGCUGACAGGUCACCCGCACGGACCACUGGCAGAGGCUAUCGACAAGAUUGGAGGUGAGGGUAUGAAGGAGCUUGGUGUCAUUCAUCCAAGACACAUUGGCAAUGAUAAAAUAGAUGAACAAACUUUCGAAAAUCCGUUCAAAGCAAUUCAGUUGCAGCUUGAGGAUAUCACGAAACUGGUUAGUGACAUAAGGACAGACAUGACUGGCGAGCCAGCUUCAUACAGAAACGGCAUCAAAAAUUAUCUCGAACAACUUAGAAAAGCGCUCGGUGAUGGAAAGUUGGCUGGCGCUGAAAAAGGUCUUGAUGCAAUCACAAAGGCUAUUGGAAAGCUGCAAAGAAAUACCUUUGGUCCUAAAUCCGGGGCAAUUGGCAUAGCCGUCGAAGAAAUGAGGAAGGAGAUUGAAGAGCUUAAGGAGAAGUUGCUGAGUGAACAGGACAGUAAAGAUGAUGUCAUUAACGCAUUGACGUAUCUGCAAAAGCAUGGUCUAGCUAGUGAAACAUGGAACGGCAAAUAUGGUAAUCCAGUAGAUGGUCUCAAGAAAAUCGAGGAUGAAUUUAAUAAACAAAAUGGGGCAUUGCUUAACCAAACCCAUCAAAUCGAGACGGCAACCCGGAUCAUAACGAACGAAAUACAAGAUGCACUUCGACGUGUCGGGAUGAAGCUGAAUCAUACCAUCCUCGAUGAUGACGUCGUGGACAAGUUGGAAGCACUGCAAUUUAUGAUCGGUGUAGGUGGGCAUGGAGGCCUUCAAGGGAUAUUUGAUGUUAUUAAUCAACUGUGGGUAAAGCAAUUUAGUGAGAAACCCAAAGCCAUCCAAGGUGCCACAGGUGCAAUCAGAAGGGAACUAAAGCAGCUUCAAAGUGACUUACAAGGUGACAGGAACUAUGGAGUGAUUGAGACGUUAAGAGAUUUGAGAGAUGUCGGAUUAAGUAAAAAUGUUUGGCAAAAAUAUGAUAACACAAAAGGACUUGAGGCAAUAGAAGAGUACUUCAAACGUCAUCAAGAAGUGUUUUCACAACAACCCAGACAAAUCGAGUCGGGCGUCAAAGACAUAACCGAGCAACUUGAGGGCCUGAGAACUGCGUUGAAAGAUGCGAACGGACAUCCUAAAGAUGACGUGAUAAACAGGUUGGGAGAGUUGUUAGUGACGGGACUUAAUGGCACUGAGUGGAAUAUUGGUAAAGGUAAAAAAACCGCUAGUCUGGGUCAAAUUAAAAAGGAUCUUCGUGGGCAAAAUGAUAAGUUGGCUGCGGCAAACAAAAAAAUUGAAGACGCAACAAAUACGGUCAUGAGCGAAACACAGGAUAUGCUUAGAAAGGCAAGCCAGAAGUUAAGUGGUGAUCUCAUUAGUGAUACCAUCGUGAAGAAUUUACAGUUGUUAGAAAAGAUGAUUGGCAGUGGUCAGAAUGGCGAUAGUGAGAGUCUUCAAGCGAUUCAAAAAGUGAUCAGUGGGCUGCAAGCACAGCAGUUCGAUGUGAAAUUCAAAACGAUUGGAGAAGCGAAGCAGAAUAUUGAACAGGCACUUACGGCGCAAAAGACAGCAUUGCAAAAUGAAGUUACCAACCCGUUGAAAGAGUUAAUGGAACAGGGGCUAGGGGACGGUAAGAACUGGAAUGGCAAGAAUGCCAAGGGCUUUGACCAUAUCAAGCGCAAUCUUCAGAGUCAACAAAGUGACCUAUCCAAACACCCAGAGCAAAUCGACUUAGGCAUGAAAGACAUAACCAAUUAG